AUGUCCAGCGUGAUACCCCCAGGCCUUGAUAACAGGGGCGUUCUCUCCCGGUUUGCGAGUGGAGGCGAUACGAAAGAUUGGCUGCCAUACACCAAAAUCAAGCUGUAUACCAACGCGUUUAUUGUCAAAGAUAACAAGGUUCUGCUUGGCUUUAAGAAACGCGGGUUUGGGAAAGGAAAAUACAACGGUUUCGGCGGGAAAGUCGAUCCCGGGGAAACGUCGCUGCAAGCAGCCGUCCGAGAACUUCAGGAAGAAUCAGGCGUAACGGCACCGCUCGAACACGCAGGCACCCUCUUCUUCGUGAGCGAAGGCGAAGAUUGGGCGUUCGAGAUCGAGAUCUACCGUGCGGAUAGCUACGAAGGGGAUAUAACAGAAUCAGACGAGAUGAGACCCGAGUGGUUCUCCACAGUCGGUGUAUUAGAUGGCGAUAGUCAGUCAUCUACUAUCCCGUUCUCGAAGAUGUGGGAGAGCGAUAUAGUGUGGUUCCCCUACCUAAUCUCGAAACGCAAAUUCGCAGGACGAGCGGAUUUUACACGGGAAGGUGAUGAGUUCAGGUUACAUCGGUGGUGGUAUGGAACCGUAUCCGAUUCCUCAUCAGAGCAGUAA